AUGCCGGUAGGGCUAGGAAGGCUUCAAGAUCUUCAUACUCUCUGGGAACUUAAUCUGCCGAGCAACCGGGCAGAGGGAUGGUGCACUAUUGAAGAAUUGAGAUCCCUCUCGUGUCUCACGGAUCUCUCAAUCGGUAGGUUGGAGUGUGUAUCCAGCAGCUCCGAGGCAAGAGCAGCCGAACUUAGAAACAAAUCCAAGCUUAGCUCGCUCGAGCUGCAUUGCACGCCAGUUCUUCAUCCCAGUGAGGAGAAGAUGAAGAGAAUCGAGGAGGUGUUUGAAGAGCUCCACCCUCCACCUUCUCUGGAACAACUGCAGAUCGACAAUUACUUCGGUCGUGAGUUCCCAAAAUGGAUGGCAGAGACAUCUUCAUCUUCAUCAAUUCUUUUCCCAAAUUUGAGGCAGUUGGUUCUAAAUGGUUACAGGUAUUGUGAGCGGUUUCCACCUUGGGGGCUGCUCCCUAAUCUACAAUAUCUUUUUAUCCGUCAUGCUGAUUCAGUCAUGGAUGUUGGACCUGAGUUUUUGGUUGGUACUAGUAGCACUAGUAGUGACGGCGGCAGAGCAGCAGUAGAUACCUCCAAGUAUGCAUUCCCCAGGCUGGAGACACUGAUGUUUCGUCAUAUGUCUAAUUGGCAGGAAUGGCAUUGGGAGAAAGGAACAGAAGCAAUGCCAUGUCUAAAGGACCUGUACCUUGACAACUGCCCCAAGUUGAUGUCCCUGCCAGAGGGUCUCCUGCUCCAUGCAACCUCCCUCACAAAAUUGGAGAUCUCGUUUGCAGACAGCCUAACCACAAUUGAGAACCUCCUUUCGCUCAAAGAAUUGCAUGUGAAGUACAAUCCCAACCUGGAGAAAAUUUCAAACCUCCCCGCGCUCACAACCCUCGCGGUUAAUAACUGCCCGAAAUUGAAAGUUGUGGAGAAUCUUCGAUACUUGAAAAGGAUGAAAUUGAUCGAUUAUGCGAUGAAAUCACUCCCAUCAUACUUACUGAAAGGAGUACAUACUCCUCAUCUGGAGGAGCUGGAGAUCUGGUGCAGCAUGGAACUGAUAAGAAAUAUUUGCGAAAGCGACAGCCGGGAGUGGCAAAUAAUCCAAGGCAUCCAGCAGGUGCAUGUAUACUCACAGGAUGAAUUAGUGCAUGCCCUCUAUAACCAGUCCCCCUUCAGCUUCUCUAAUAUAUGCCGCCUCCACACUCCCUUUCAACCAUGGUCUCUAUUCUUGCCAGCUAUUCUUGUGGAUUUGGCUUCUCAUGACAAGCGGCGAGUGGAAACUGUAAAUUAUUAUCAACAUCCGAUAACCUAUAAUCAGUUAAAGAAGAAUUCCAUGUGGCAGACAUUAGAAACCUCAAGCACUUGGCAGCUGUUUUGUGGAUUUGUUUCUAGCUUUAGAGAUUAUCCUGCUAAAACCCAAACUUGUCACAACAAAGAUAUAAAUGUAGCGAGAAUCUGUCACUUGCAUCCAGAAGCAAAAUAUUCUAUACUAGGUGUGAUCAAUGACUUCAAUGGACAUGGAUUCGACAAACUAGAGCUGCCAAAUCAUCUACUUUAUCCACAUUAUAGGUUUUCAGUUUCUGAGCAUAAGAUUUCUGAAUCGAUCAAAAAAAGCCUUAGAAGAAUGAUGGUCGUUUAUGUUGCUAUCAACAAGUCCAGAGUUCUGGAAAAGGAAAAGCUGGAAUGGCAUCUCAUUAAAGCUAUAUUGGAAUUCAACUUCCUAAAGAAGUUUAUGGGAUGA